AUGGUUAUAGAUUUAACUAAAAGUGGUGAUUAUAUUAUGUCAGGGGAUUAAUAUCAUAAUAAAAUUGAAGAAAUUGUUUAUGAGAGUGAAGAUAAAAAGUAAUAAAAAAUUAAAGAGGCUGAAAGAUUAUUAAACGAAGGUAUGACAAAUUGAAUUAUAAAUUAGGAAUGGCAUUAAGGAAGUUGAAUAAAUAUUAAGAAGCAAUUGAAUGUUACAGCAAAGCAAUUAACAUUAAUCCUAACUAUGAUAAAGCGUGGUAUAAUAAGGGUAAUUGUAUGUUAAAUAGCAUUUUUUAGGAAUGGCAUUAUAUAAUUUGAAUAAAUAUUAAGAAGCCAUAGAAUGUUACGACAAAGCAAUCACCAUUAAUCCAAUAUAUGAUACUGCUUGGAGUAAUAAGGGUAAAUUUUAAUAUGAUUCAGGUUAUGCGCUACACCAAUUAUAGAUAUAUACUGAUGCAAUCUCAUGUUACGAUUAAGCUCUUUCUAUUAGUAUUAAUUCUAUAAGAUUAUAACGAAAAGGUACUUAAAACUUAUUUUAUAUUUAGCUGAUUCACUAUUUGAAUUAGGGAAGAAAUCAGAAGCUAAAAAAUUUUAUUUGGUUGCAUUGGAACAAGGAUCAAAUGAUAAGAAUUACAUUUAGAAAUAACUAUCAAAGUUAUGA